AUGAAGGUCAACGCCGUCGCCAUCGCCCUCACCGCCCUCCUCGGCGUCAGCUCCGCCUCGCCCAUCAUUGGCGACUAUAUUCGAGAGCGAAAGGGUUCGGUCCACGAGAAGGAAGCUCGUAUGUUGUGCAAGAAGGACAAGUUCAAGUACAGCACCAAGGUCGCGAACAUCGAGUAUCUCUGCAACGACAACAUCAACCUUAAGACCGCCGCCAAGCCUGCUAAUGCGAGUAACGCCGUUAAUAACGGUGUUCCCGGAGGUGUUACUCCCGUUGUUCCUGGUAACUAUCCCGUCAGCCAACCUGUGGGUGGUCAGGUUGGUCAGCCCGUGGGUGGUCAGGUUGGUCAACCUAUGGGUAAUGGUCAGCCUAUGGGUAAUGGCCAGCCUAUGGGUAAUGGCCAACCUAUGGGUGGUAUGGGCGGUGCCCCCGAUGGCUCCAUGCCUCCCAUGUAA